AUGGAAGUUGAUGAUAAAGCAAAGAAAGAAUUAUUUCAAUUUUGUCGUAAAACGAAUAUAGGCAUAUUAGGAAGAAUGAAUAUCAUCGGUGAAUUUGAAAGAUAUUAUCAUAUGCAUACACCCAUGUGGUGGUACACUAGAGAAUCUUUUAUUCAUGACAUGAUUAAUCGAGUAUUACGAUUACAAGAUAUUGAUGCUAUUAUUCAAACGAGAUUCUUUAUACAAGAUCUUCAUCAACAAAUCGAACGAUUGUACGAACCACCAUCUAAAAAAUUGACACUUUAUCGAGGUCAAGGACUAUCGUACGGAGAUUUUCAGCAGCUGCGUCAGUUGAAAGGUGGUCUUUAUUCGUUUCAUUAUUUUCUAUCGACAACUAUGGAUCGGGAUACAGCUCUUACGUUUGCUCAAAGCGCUCGACAGGAUUCUCGCUUGAUUGGUAUUAUCUAUCAUAUAAAUAUUGAUCCUGUCUCUCUCAAGUCGGCUUUAUUCGCUUCAUUGGAUAAUGAGAGUUAUUACAAAGUGGAAAACGAGUUUUUAUUUACUAUGUAUACGAUAUUUCGAGUCGGAGAAAUAAUACAACUUGAACCAGAAUUGUGGCAAGUGGAACUUUCACUAACAAGUGAUAACGAUAAGGAUUUAAAGAAACUUACUGAAAAUAUUCGACAAGCAACACAAGGAUCAACAGGAUGGAGUCGACUUGGUAAAAUGUUGCUGACAAUGGGGAAGUUCGAUAAAGCUGAGAAAGUUCUCCAAAUACUUAUCAACAAAUCAUCUGAAGAUGAUUUAGAAGAACUUGGUCAUCUUUAUCAUCUAAUGGGUUUAGUUAAAGAAAAUAAAAAGGAAUACGACCAAGCAAUGGUGUUCUAUGAAAAGGUACUCAACAUCUAUCGAUCAUUACCCGACUCGAAUUAUUUACAUUUGACUAAACUUUACAAUGACAUUGGUUCAGUAUAUCUAUUUAAAAAAGAAUAUUCCAAAGCACUAGAAUAUUAUGAAAUGGCACUGACCAUACAAGAAAAAUCUAAUCCUUUAAAUUAUUCGGAUUUAGUAAUUACAUAUGGCAAUUUGGCAGAAAUUUAUAAACACUUACGUGAUUAUUCUCAAUCUUUACGAUUCUAUCAAAAGGAGUUAGAUAUUUAUAAAAAAUCUACUCCUGUCAAUUAUUUAAAAUUGGCUACCAGCUACGAAAAUAUUGCUGAGAUUCAUUACCAUAUGAAAGAAUAUUCCGAAGCAUUACAAUUAUUUCGAAAGGUGUUGAAAAUUCGAGAAGAUCAUUUGCUUCGAAAUAAUACAAAACUAGUUAUUAGUCAUAAAAAUCUUGGCAAAGUACUUGACAAAUUGGGAUAUUAUCUAGAAGCAAUCGAACAUUAUCAAUAUGCACGUUAUAUCUUGGCAAAAUCUGCUCCGCAACAAACAUCUACAAAUUUAACACAACGACAACACUGUAUCAAUUUAGUUAAAAAAGGAAUGAUGAGAGACAUAUACCCACAAUUAUCAUUAGCUGCUGAAAUUUUUUUAUGCGCACCAAUUAGUACAGCAACCAUGGAGCGCGAUUUUAGUAGAAUGAAUCGAAUAUUAACUGGUUUACGAAAUCGCUUAACAACAGAACAUUUGGAACAAUUAAUGAGAAUAUCAAUAGAAGGACCAGCUGAUUUAGAUAAUGAUAUAAAAAAUUUAAUUAUUGACUGUUGGAAAAGUAAAAAAUUACGGAAAAUUUCGGUUUAAUAUAGAUUUAUUGUUUUCCUCUCAAUAUUUUUCUUCUCAAUGUGUUUUCUCCUCAAUGUGUUUUCUUUUCAAAGUGUAUUCUCAUAUUGUAUUGCUAACAGAAGCAGUGUGAUGGUAUAUAUGAAAAAAAUAAAUAAGAAUCUUGGUGUGCGUUUGCUGUAUAGCAAAAAAUUUUUUGGUCAGCAGCCCCUACAAAAGUUUCAACCGCCCACUCGAAAAAUGAAACUUAGAUGCAUCUACUGGGCCAGUAGAUGCAUCACUGGGCACUACUAUAAUCAUACUUUUCAAUAAAAACCACUUAUUGAUGGAUGAUAAUAAUAAUUGGAGUUCGUUGAAUAUCGCCUUUAGAUAAAUGACAAACUAAAUAAGGUACAAAUGCCAAAAUUAAAUGUGUGAAGUCAUGGUAUGUGAAUAAGAAAUUUAUUAUAAAUUUUAGUACCAUCAAUAGAAUGUUAGUAUCAUAUAUAUCAGUUAGUCGAGAAUAUAUGAUUAAGGAGAAAAAAUUUCAAAUUAACUGGAUCAUCCUAGAAAAUAUAAAACAGUAUUCAUAAAUGGAUAAUUCUAUUAUCAUCGAUUAAAAAAUAAGAUAGAUAACUGAUUGAAAAGCUCGAUUUUUCUAAAAUUCACAUGCAGAUAUUCGUUCUAAUAUAUCAUGAAUACAUUCUCUUCUGCAAUGAUGAUUAAAAUAGUUAUAUGGGCAUUCUUAAAAUCUAACAGAUAAAUGAUCGAUAAUGAUACAGCUGGAAAAUUUUAGACUAACGUUCGUAUGAUGGCGGCACAUAUAUAAGACAAAUAUUAUUUUUAUGUAAAACAAAUUAUAAAUGAAGAUUUAACAUGACUAUUUGCAUAAUAUAAUAAUCAUCAAUAUGUGAUUCAAACAAAUUUUGUCUAUAUUAAAAUCAGGCAUGGGUCUGACCGUGAGUGAAGUUAAAUACAAGUCUCGAAACACCCGUGUUCACACCACUCACACUGUUUUGAAAAAAGAUUCAGUAAUUUUUCGGAGAGUAAGUGCGCAAAACAAUGAAAUAUUGUUUGAACAUAAGUGGAUGAAGGCAAAAACAUUUCAGCUUGGGAAUCUAUUUUAAUUAUUGUGACUAGUAAUAAGAGCUCCUGACAUUGUUAUUUACUUUCUUUCAUUUCUUUUGUUUGUAGCAUCAGUGUUUACUGUACAAAUAUAAGAUUUAUUCGACACCA